UGCCUCUCCCUCUCACUCUCUCUAUCCCUCUCUCUCUCUCUCUCUCUCUCUCUCUCUCUCUUUCAAAACCCUACUCUCUCUCUUUCUAUCUCCUCGGCCCUCUGCUGCAACAUCAGGUAUCUCCCUCUCCGCUCGAUCUACCGCACAUCAAGGAGCAUUCUGCUGCAACAUCAGGUCUGCCUGGUGUCCUAUUUGCGCUUCCAGAUUCCUAUGUUGAUGCUGAGAACAAGGACUAUGGAGGUUGAGUUGGUGAGCAGUUGAUUUUUGCUUGUGUUAGCAUCCCCAUGCACUUCUGCAGCAACUAAGUGGCAGGUAAGCAUUCCUAUAAAGAGAAACAGAAAGCCAUCGCCAAGGAUCUUUUCUUGCAAUGGAUGCACCCGAACCCAGUCGGAGUUACAUGAAACGGGAUCUUGAGGAGAGUUUGGAACCGAAGGCUGACAGGAUUGAAGACGAGGAUGACUGGGAGGGUGUUGAUAAGAGGAAGCACCGUUCAAGCAAGUCCAAAAAGCAUAACAGUGUAGACGAAACAGAAGAAUGGGAUAGUGGUGGAAAGAGGAAGAGUUCCGGGGACAGAAAUGAUGGUAAAAAGAAGUCAGGUGGCUCCAGCAGAGCAGGCAGCGGUGAUGAGGAAGAUUAUGACACAAGAAAGGAAUUGCGUGUUAAGCUGGCGAAGAAAAAUCAUGAUGAGAAAAGUGAGAGGAAAUCAAGUAGUGGGUAUACAGAUAGGGAGUUAGAAAGCAGCAGAAAGAGUGGCAGAGAUGUUGUAGAGAGUAAAGGGUAUGAUCACACUGAUGAAAAUGAGAGGGGCUCAUCAAGGAAAGCAAGCAUAAAGCCUUCUUCACAUGAAACUCCUCAGAGCAAAGCAAGAAGCAAGGUUGACAAUCCCCAUGAACGCGACCUUGAAAAGGCACAGGAUAGAGAUUUCAGGUAUUCAGAAAGGAAGGAGAGUGGCAGAGAGAAAGGUCAUGGAACCCGUGAGCAGGAAAGAAAUCCACGGAGAAGAUGGGAUGAGCCGGACUCUGUCAGAAAGGUGGAUGAUAGUAGCUAUUUAGAUAAGGGUGAUUCAAGGAGUGGAAAGACUUCUGAUCAUAAGCAUGGGUCUUCCAGGGAGAGAACAACCGAUGUGAGAAUCGAAUCUGGCGAGAGCAAAAGCAGGCCUGUGGAUCUAAACAUGGACAAAAAUCUCAGAUCCAGCAGCAGGGAAGAGAAAAGGGCUGAUGGAGAGAGGAAUAAGAGCAGAGGCAGGUCGGAGGCUCGAGAAGAAGAUGGUAGAGCAGUUACCAUCACUUGUGAGGAGAGAUCAGAUGGUGUUAGAGAUGAUAAACAGAGGAGAGUCAGAGAGAAAUUGGGUGGGUCAGGGGAGGAUGUUGAACCUGUCACCAAUAGGAUGAGCUCUAGAGUCCACGAGGAGAAAAAUGAGAAGCAUCGACAACAACACAGCAGCCGUGAUGGUGCAGAAAGUAGGGAGAGGUCUGUUAAUACAGAUGAAGAUAGGCAUGCACGUCUGAGGGAUAGAAGUGGGAGAGAAUUAAGACGCACUAACAGGUCUCGAAGCCCUGAGAGAAGUGCCAGACGUUGCCAAGAGUCAGAUGAAUUUGAUCGGGGGUUCUCUGAAUCUGACAAUGAACGAAGCAUUAGCCACAAGGGGAAGGAGAGGGAAAAGGAAUCUUACAGAGAUGAUAGAUCCAAAGGCAGAGAUAGAUGCUGGAAUGACAGGAAUAGGGAUCGGGAAGGUUCUAGAGAUAAUUGGAAGAAAGGACAUCAAAGCAGGCGUGACAAAGAGACGAAAGAUGGGGAUGGUGAUUUUGACUACGACAAGGAAUGGGACUCACAAAGGCGUGAGCGGGAGAGGAUGGACCCUGACAAGCUUCAUGGUCGGCAUGAGUAUAGGAAAGAUAGAGGCAGGACUGAAGGUGCCAAAACGCCAUCAAGUUUUGGAGCUACAAAUGAUAAAUCUGAUACAAUAGAGAUCAGACCGAAGUCGCUUGAUUAUGGAAGAGAAGAAUCUGGAUCCACGUUUGCUGUUAGGAGCACCGAAAUGGCAGUGCACCAGAAUUUUCCGAUGGGCACAAGUGAUGAGGAAUGGGGAUAUUUGCCUGAGGACAGGGUGAGAAAGGCAGAUAUCUAUGGCCCUGGUGAUGAGCUGCAGGAAAGAUAUCCGGAAGAUGAUUCAGAUCAAACUAUGGGAAUGAGUUUAGAUAGAAAUAAUUUUGACAUGCAGGGUGCAAAAGGCAGAGUGCCUAAAGGGGCAAUGAAUUCUAAUCGUAUUGGUGCAGGCCAGACUUCUAGUAAUGGUUCACAGCCUCCGUUUGGAAAUAACCUGGGACUGGGGUCUUCCAAUAGAGCUGUUCCUCAAGGAUCUAAAGGGGGUAGUAGGCUUGGGAGAGGAGGAAGAGGAAGGCUUCCAGGGAGGGAUGGACAGCGGGCUGGAAUCCCACUUCCUAUGAUGGGACCUCCCUUUGGUCAUCUUAGCUUGCCAGCAGGACCCAUGCAGCCAAUCGGCCCAAAUAUGUCCCCAGCUCCAGGUCCACCCAUUGGCCCUGGUGUUUUCAUUCCGUCAUUUGCAGCUCCAAUUGUUUGGCCAGGAGCUCGAGGUGUUGAUAUGAAUAUGUUAGGUGUCCCACCUGGUCUUUCUCUUCCUCCACCUGGGCCGUCAGGACCUAGAUUUGUGCCUAACAUGGGAACUGGACCAAACCCUGCAAUGUAUUUCAAUCAACCAGGCCCUGGAAGAGGAAUUUCUCCCAACAUGUCUGCUCCUGGUUUUACAUCCAUGGGACCAGCAGGACGCGGGAUGCCACAUGAUAAAACUCCCAUGGGUUGGGGCCCUCCUAGAAUUAAUGGCCCCCCUGGUAAAGCUCCUUCGAGAGGAGAGCAAAAUGACUACUCUCAAAAUUUUGUUGACACUGGUAUGCGGCCUCAGAAUUUCAUCAGGGAGCUGGAGCUCACUAGUGUUGUGGAGGACUACCCAAAGCUGAGGGAACUUAUCCAGAAGAAAGAUGAGAUUGUGGCUAAAUCUGCGUCCCCACCCAUGUAUUACAAGUGUGAUCUCCGUGAGCAUGUGCUGUCCCCUGAGUUCUUUAGCACCAAGUUUGAUGUCAUUCUCGUCGAUCCUCCUUGGGAGGAAUAUGUUCAUCGGGCUCCUGGUGUUGCUGAUCAUAUGGAGUACUGGACAUUUGAAGAAAUACAAAAUCUUAAGAUUGAGGCAAUUGCCGACACUCCUUCAUUUAUCUUCCUUUGGGUUGGUGAUGGUAUGGGUCUUGAGCAGGGCCGCCAGUGUCUAAAGAAGUGGGGCUUUCGGAGGUGCGAGGAUAUAUGUUGGGUGAAGACUAACAAAUCAAGUGCAACUCCAGGCUUGCGUCAUGAUUCUCACACUUUGUUUCAGCACUCAAAGGAACACUGCUUGAUGGGCAUAAAAGGAACUGUUCGACGUAGCACUGAUGGUCAUAUCAUCCAUGCAAACAUUGACACAGAUAUAGUUAUUGCCGAAGAACCUCCCUAUGGUUCAACCAGGAAGCCUGAAGAUCUGUAUCGCAUAAUCGAGCAUUUCUCCCUUGGGCGGAGGAGGCUUGAGCUGUUUGGUGAGGACCAUAACAUCCGUUCUGGUUGGCUAACUGUCGGAAAAGGGUUAUCGUCGUCUAAUUUCAAUGCUGAGGCAUAUGUGAGGAAUUUUUCUGACAAGGAAGGGAAGGUUUGGCAGGGAGGCGGUGGCCGGAACCCGCCACCAGAUGCGCCCCAUCUUGUGUUGACAACUCCCGAGAUCGAGAGCCUCCGACCCAAGUCACCCCCGCAGAAGAACCAGCAGCAGCAAUCCACAUCCCUCUCCCUAAUGACAGCUAACUCCAGCAACAAGAGGCCCACUAUAAACUCCCCGCAGAACCCGACGGGUGCAUCCCCUCACGGUUUGAACCAAGAGGCAUCCAGUUCAAACCCUCCAACUCCUGUUCCAUGGGCUUCCCCGUUGGGCGGUUCGAAGGGACCAGAGGUGGGAAACAUGGGUUCGGAUGAUAGGCUUUUGGAUGGGUAUGGAGCCAAUGCUUCUUGUGCACAAGCAAGCGGGGACCAUUUGGAUUUUGAGGCGCAGAGGGCCGUCAAUUUGCUGUAAUUGAAUCCGGCUUUGGAACUUGUUGCCUGUAAUUCCAAUUUUUUUUUUUUUUUUUU